UCUCUUCUCCGCAACAGUAGCAACUUCAUACCUCGAAGAUAUCCUCUGCAAUUGGUUUGUACUACGCGUUCAACUGCGAUCUGACCUCUAGGUAAUCCGACGAACAAGACUCCCACUAUCCCCGCACCAGAAGCAACUUAGUCGACGGUGCUAUCUCGAAUACUGUCCCAACGCCAUCCAUAAUGGCCGGACCCCUCAAGCCAGAAGCCUCUACUACGGAGAGGCUGUCGACCCGAGACUCGCCCGAGCGGGGAAAGAAACGUGCAAGGACUCAGUCGAUGCCACCGCCAGAGCUUCCAAAGCUAGUUGCAGAGCAAGCCGUCCCGAUUCCGACCAACGACAAAGACACCCAGCGCCUCAUCGUUAUCCUAUGUAACGCCACACUCGAGACGUACAAGGCGUCGCACGGCUCCGGUCGAGGGCCUGGUAGCAGAGAGGACAAGUACAACCUCCUCAAUAGCGACGACCAUAUUGGCGUGAUGAGGAAGAUGGGCCGCGAUAUUAGCGAGGCUCGGCCUGAUAUCACGCACCAGUGUUUGCUCACUUUACUCGACUCGCCGAUCAACAAAGCGGGCAGGCUGCAGAUAUACAUACAGACGUCGAAGAACGUGCUCAUCAGGGUCAGCCCGACAGUACGCAUUCCUCGGACUUUCAAGCGAUUCGCUGGUUUGAUGGUGCAGCUGCUCCAUCGGCAUCAGAUUCGUUCCACCUCAUCCCAAGAGAAGCUCAUCGAGGUGAUCAAGAACCCCAUCACAGAUCAUCUCCCACCCAAUUGCCGCAAGGUUACGCUCAGUUUCGACUCGGAGAUUGUUCGAGUUAGCGAUUACAUUGCGGGCCUCAACAAGGCGGAGAGUAUUGCAGUCUUUGUUGGUGCCAUGGCCAAGGGCAACGACGACUUCGCGGACCACCUCAAGGACGACAGCAUUGCCAUCAGCCAAUACAACCUCAGUGCCAGCGUUGCAUGCAGCAAGUUCUGUCAUGCAGCCGAGGACGUUUGGGGAAUCUUCUAGUUGAAGCCACCACCAAAGAGUCCGACCUAUCCAUGUCGGACACGCCACUUAGCCCGACUACUGGCCCGCCGUCGCUGAGGCGAACAUGAGACGAGACACCCAAGAGAUACCUGGAACCAUAGGCAGCAGGACGCGCAUCUCGGCUUAGAUCACAACAUCGACAGCCUGUGCGCUACUGCACUUGAUUUUGAGCGUCUGCUUGAGUUUUCUUUUACAACAAAACAAUACUCUGGCUCAACGUCCAACAAUCGUUCUUGAUAGAACAACCCGUGGGGCAUUUCAACCUGCCCCGCACCUCCUGUGUUUCUUUACCAUCGUCGCUUGGCGCUCAUAUGGGGAGUGCGGAUGCUGUAGGAGGUGUCCGCACGUUACUGGCCGAAGUCUAGUCCAGCUUAUCUGGUCGAU